UUAUCGCCGCCGAGGUGGGAGUAGAAAGCCCAGAGGCCAGAGGAGCCGCUUGUUGCUUGUUGUCAUGCCGACCGAAUGUGAUCAUUUACUCCUCUUCUUCAACGCGAAUCUCCCUCUUCUUCCCUCUCCCCCGCAGCACCAACUGCUCAACCAAGGGGCCGGCAACCGCAAGUUCAAAUGCACCGAGUGUGGCAAGGCCUUCAAAUACAAGCACCAUCUGAAGGAACACCUCCGGAUCCACAGCGGUGAAAAACCGUACGAGUGCCCCAACUGCAAGAAGCGCUUCUCCCACUCGGGCUCCUACAGCUCCCACAUCAGCAGCAAAAAGUGCAUCGGCCUGAUCGCCGUCAAUGGCAGGAUGCGCGGCAACAUGAAGACCGGCUCCUCCCCCACCUCCUCCUCCUCCUCGCCCACCAACACCGCCAUCACCCAGCUGCGGCAGAAGCUGGAGAACGGAAAGCCGCUCGGCCUCCCCGACCACGGCGGCCACCUGAGCAUCAAGACGGAGCCGCUCGACUUCAACGACUACAAGCUGAUGAUGGCGUCGCACGGGUGGAACGGCGGGCCCGGGCCCUUCAUGAACGGAGGCAUGGGAGGGACCAGCCCGCUGGGGGUCCACCACAACUCCAGCGGCCAGAGCCCCUUGCACCCGCUGGGGAUGGCCGGGCUGGAGUCGCAGCUCCUGUGCUACCCGGGGCCGCUGGGGAACAACCUGAGCGAGGUGCAGAAGGUCCUGCAGAUCGUGGACAACACCGUGUGCAGGCAGAAGAUGGACUGCAAGCCCGAGGAGCUCUCCAGGCUCAAGGCCUACAUGAAGGAGCUGGGCUCCCAGGUGGAGGAGCAGAAACAGGCGCUGACAUCGGCGGGGAUUCAGGGCGGCCUCCCGCUGAUCAAUCACAACGGCGCCACCAAGAGCAUCAUCGACUACACGCUGGAAAAAGUGAACGAAGCCAAAGCCUGCCUCCAGAGCAUGACCGCGGACUCAAAGAGGCAGAUCAGCAACAUCAAACGGGAGAAAUCCAGCCACAUGCUGGAAGGAGGCGUGGAGGAGAAGGUGCAGGAAAACAUCCUGUUUACACCGUACGCCUGCCAAUUCUGCAAGGAGUCCUUCACCGGGCCGAUACCUCUGCAUCAGCACGAGCGCUACAUGUGCAAAAUGAACGAGGAGAUCAAAGCCGUGCUGCAGCCCGCCGAGAGCUUGAUGCCCAACAAGUCGGCGAUGUUCAUGGAGAAGAGCAGCCACGUGUCCUCCUCCGUGCUGUCUGAGAAGGGGUUCGCUGGGCCCAUCAACCCCUACAGGGACCACAUGUCCGUGCUGAAGGCGUAUUUCGCCAUGAACAUGGAGCCCAACUCGGAGGAGCUGCUCAAGAUCUCCAUAGCAGUGGGCCUGCCUCAGGAAUUCGUCAAGGAGUGGUUCGAGCAGCAGAAGAUGUACCGGUACGGCGCUGCCAGAACCCCACCGCUGGAGAACAGGCACAACAUGGACAUGGCCGGCGGAGCCAACAACCACCACACGCCACCAAAAGACUCUCUGGCAGCUCGGUCACCCGUGUCCCUGCUGAAGCCUGCCGACCGCAUCACCUCGCCCUCCAUAGCAGAGCUCCACAACAACGUGAACAACUGUGACAACCCGCUCAGGCACUUGAAGAACCACCCGUUCGGCGGAGGCGGCGGCGGCGGCAAACCCAAGGGCGACAAGCUGGACCACUCCCGCAGCAACACCCCGUCCCCGCUGAACCUGUCCUCCACUUCUUCCAAAAACUCCCACAGCAGCUCCUACACCCCCAACAGCCUGACUUCGGAGGACCUGCAGGCCGAGCCGCUGGACCUCUCCCUGCCGAGGCUCAUGAAGGAGCCCAAGCACGCACUGACCGUCCGCAGCCGGCCCAAAGCCAACAGCGUCAGCGCCGACCACGGCAGCGUCCCCUCCCCCCGAGAGCACUUCGAAGAGCCGCUGAACCUGGUCUACUUCAAGAAGGAAUUCUCCGGCUCGGCCAACAACGGAAACCUCGAAAAAAGCACUAGCCCCAUCUUCGGCAUGAACCCGUUCGCCGGCAAACCCCUGUACACGUCACUCCCGCCUCAGAGCGCGUUCCCGCCGGCCACCUUCAUGCCCCCGAUGCAGGCCAGCAUGCCGGGCCUCAGGCCCUACCCGGGCAUGGAGCAAAUGGGCUUCCUGCCGCACAUGGCCUACACUUAUGCCGCGGGGGCGGCUACCUUUGCCGAGAUGCAGCAGAGGAGAAAGUACCAGCGGAAACCAGGUUUCCAGGGGGACCUGCUCGACGGUACACCCGACUACAUGUCAGGGCUGGACGACAUGACAGACCCCGACUCCUGUCUGUCGCGGAAGAAGAUUAAGAAGACCGAAAGUGGUAUGUACGCGUGUGACUUGUGCGACAAAACAUUCCAGAAGAGCAGUUCCCUUCUAAGACACAAAUAUGAACACACAGGCAAGCGGCCGCACCAGUGUCAGAUCUGCAAGAAGGCUUUCAAACACAAACACCAUCUCAUCGAGCACUCCCGCCUGCACUCGGGGGAGAAACCCUACCAGUGCGACAAGUGCGGGAAGCGCUUCUCCCACUCGGGCUCCUACUCGCAGCACAUGAACCACCGCUACUCCUACUGCAAGCGGGAGGCCGAGGAGCGGGAGGCGGCCGAGAGGGAGGCCCGCGAGAAGGGCCACCUGGAGCCCACGGAGCUGCUGAUGAGCCGGGCCUACCUGCAGGGCCUGACUCCCCAGGGCUACCCGGAGCUGGCGGAGCGCGAGGCCAUCCUGAGGCACGACGCCGUCAACGGAGGGAUCAGAGAGGGGCGGAAGGAGGCGGAGGGAACGUACGCCAAGAUCGGGCGCAGGGACGAGGAGUUCGAGGAGGAGGAGGAGGAGAGCAAGAGCAUGGACACGGACCCGGACACGUUGAGGGACGAGGAGGAGAACGGAGAGCACUCGAUGGACGAUAGCUCGCUGGACGGAAAGACGGAAACCAAAUCGGACCGCGAGGACGCGAUGGAGGACGGCAUGUAACCGACGGCGACGACGACGACACAGCAGAAGAGUUUCAGGUUCCUCUCUCUUUCGGUUCAGUAUUCUCACCUGCUCGGUUCAAGAAGCCGUGGGUGCACGUGCCUGAAGCUUCUGGGAAGCUUUCUUUGACCGACUCCUCUCGGGGGGGUGAC